AUGUUACUCGACAUUAGUGAAGUUAUCAACGAUAGUAUUGGUGAGAUUGAGUGUGUUGAACGUGUGGUAUCCCCUCGUUUUUUCGACGACACAACUGAAUCUGGGUUUGUAUUAGUGGAUAUGGACGCUCGGGCUGAUUCGAGCACUAAAGUGCAGCUGUUAUUUUCGAAAUCCAAGGUAUAUGUUCACCCUACAUCGUCUGCCAAGGACAAUAUCCCGGGAUAUCUGGCCUUGGUGAGACCAAAGAAUGCAUCUAAUACUGAAGUGCUGCUUUCAUGGGUUCCCGAAUCCUCUUUAGCAGGGUCGCGCGAUUUGGAUUACUAUGUCAAAGUAGAUCUCGAACCACCUCAUGCAGCUGAUGAAAUUGGCCCAAGUACCAAUGCGUCAAAUUCUAGAAACACUUCAGGUAUCCGUGAAGUGCUAGUCUCUCCACCUCCUAGAUCGUCAAUUUCAUCCUACGCGUUUUCAAUUCCUUUAUCAAAUAUUUACUCUAUUCAAGUUAGACCCCCUUCUUUUGGAUGGUGGUGGGGAUCUCUGAUUCUUCAUACAAAGACUGAAGAAACUUUGCCAGCUCUCUUUUUCCAUGAUUCUGAGUCGCAGAGUACUAUUCUGCAAAGAAAGCAACGAACGAAGGAUUUCGAGCCUUUUGCAAACGGUGAUGAGUUGUUCUGGGGUGGUGAACAGUUCCUACAAUCUUUGAAGAAUCUCGCUGCUCUGGAGACCUCUACUUUAGAGCCGUCAAUCAUGUUAGUCAAUCCAGAACCAGAAGAUAGAAGGGCUUUUAGUCCAAGGAGUGCAAAGGUUCAACAGCCUAAAGAAGAUCCAAUUUCAAAAGCUCUUAAGGAUGUUAGAUGGUCAAUUCUAGAAAAAUUAGCCAGGGUGACGAGACUAUCUCGUCAGGUGGCACUAGAUGUGAUUGACAAGUCUCCACAGUCUGUCAAGGUUCUUCUCAACAAGCCUGAGGUCAAGAAAAUUGGUGAUGAUUUUGAUAGUGCCAAAGUCUACCUAGCUAAAUGGGCAUUGGGUAUUGCAGAGGAAGCACAGCGGUCAAGGUCUAAAGUUGUUUGGAACGAUGGCUAUGAGGAUAUCAUGGGCAGUGCUGUAGGUGAUUUCGAGCUAUUGUCUGUUGAUUAUUCUAUUGAAAGAAGAAAUGAAGUUGGUCUCGCUGAAUGGUCAGCUUUCUUUGAUCAUACUGGUAGGUUGAGCUUGACGGUCAGCGAGGUGAAGGAACGGAUUUUCCAUGGUGGACUCGCACCGGCCGUUAGAAGUCAAGCCUGGUUGUUCUUGUUGGGCGUUUUCCCCUGGGAUAGUGAUGAGUCCCAAAGACGCUCCAUUCUGUCGGAAAAACGAAAUGAGUAUUAUCGCCUCAAGGGCAAGUGGUGGAAUGAUACCGAACGACAAGAUGAUGAUUUUUGGAAGGAUCAAAAGUCGCGCAUUGAAAAAGAUGUUCACAGGACAGAUCGAAAUAUUUCCAUCUUUAGUGAUUCUGACACACCACACCCCGACCCAGAGAGCAGAUUUGCUGAAACCGGUACGAACCUUCACUUGGAACAACUCAAAGAUUUGCUCAUCACUUACAACGAGUACAAUGUCAACCUUGGUUAUGUUCAGGGUAUGAGUGACUUGUUAUCACCUUUAUAUGUUGUAUUCCAGGAUGAUGCUAUUGCAUUCUGGGCAUUCUGCGGUUUUAUGAAGCGAAUGGAGCGCAAUUUCCUACGUGAUCAGUCUGGUAUGAGACAGCAGCUACUGUCCCUCGAUCACCUUGUACAGCUCAUGCUGCCCAAGCUAUAUGUCCACUUUGAAAAGGCUGAUUCGACUCACUUUUUCUUCUUCUUUCGCAUGUUACUUGUUUGGUACAAACGUGAAUUCGAAUGGGAUGACGUAUUACGACUAUGGGAAGUUCUGUGGACAGACUAUCUGUCGAGUCAGUUUCACCUUUUCGUUGCUUUGGCUAUUCUCGAUAAAAAUAAAGACGAGAUUAUGGAGCAUUAUACUCAGUUCGACGAGAUCCUAAAGUAUAUGAAUGAGUUGUCUAUGAAGAUUGACCUUGAGGAUACAUUAGUACGAGCUGAGAUACUUUUCACAAGAUUUAAGAAGACGGUAGAUAUGGUAGAUAGGAAACGUGCUGAACAGAAUAACGAAGAUGCUGCAGGUCAGCAAGAGGGUCUACCAAAAAUCAGCGACGAAUUAAGACUCCUGCUAUCUAAAGAAGUAAUUGAAACAAAGGAGGUUGAACGACCCCCCAAUGCUGGAGGUGGCUAA